UCAACUAAUUAUUCUGUCUAUUUUAAUAUACAAACUUUUGAUACGGUAUUCUUUUUUAAUACCUAAAUUAUGUUUAUUUUAAUCAAAAAUAUUAAUAAGUUUCAAAUAAAAUUUUAAAAAUCUCUAGAAUUCACAAAACAAUCUGAAAAAUUCUAAUUUUAUUUUAAGUCUUAGAAAUAAAAGUAAUUAAAUUAUGGAUAGUCUUAAAUUGUGUAAUAGAUUUUUUAAGAAUUAAAUAUGAAAUUUGGUUUAUUUUUGGAAAUAGAAAAAAAAAUUAUUUACUUUUCCUUCGAAACUGAGUUUUUAUAAAUUUAUAAUUUUCUCCAUAAUUUAGUUACAUUUUUUUCCUAUAGCUUAAAAUAAAAGCGAAAAUUUUAAAGAUUUUGGAGGGCUUAUAAAAUUUUGUUUGAUACUUAUUAAUAUUUUUGAUUAAAAUAAACAAAGUUUGGGUAUUAAAAUGAGCAUAGUUUUAAAAUUUUAUGCAUUAAGAUAGGUAAAAUAAUUAGUUGGGUAUUAAAGUGGGUAACAAAAAAAAUAGUUGAGGUAUUGAUAGUAUAGAUAAUUAUAUUAUUUUAUAUUUAUAUUGAAUAUAAAAAUAAUCUAAAAGGUUACUUAAUUUUUUUUUGAUUAUUUCAACCCUUUUCAUUAUGAAGUUUUAAUAAAAUAUCUGUAAUUUGUUUGGUAAAUUUGUGAUAUAUACUUAUUUGAUAAAUAAUUAAAUUUUUUAAUGUUAAUUUAUUAACUUUAACAUUUUAUUUGUAUAAAAUUAUUUGAUUUCAAUUUAACCCAUAAUUUUGCAUAUAUAAUUAUAUGUUCUCAAUAAUAAAAAAAAAUUAAGAAUAAGAAUCUAAUAUUUAUUAAUUUUAAAGGUUUAAUUUUAUAGUAAAUGGUUUUUUGUAGUAUCUAAACUCGAACGUAGUUAUAUUUUCAAUUUUUUAUAAAAUAUUUGAGUGGUUUUAAAUCAACUAAUUUAAAAGAAGAUAAAUAAAAUAUUAUUAAAAAGGUAGGACUUAAUUUUUUAUAUUGUAUGGACAAAAGAUUAGUUAUUGUGUUAUUUGGAAACAUAUUUAGUAGUAUAGCGUUAUUUACCAUAAUAGUAUUGAUUAUAUAAAUUUAUAUGUUUUUUGUUUGUUGAUUAUAUAAAUUUAUAAUUUUUUUGUUUGUUGUUGUGUAGUUUACUAAAUAACUUCUCUUUUGUUUAGGACAUAACAAAAUUAAAAUUUUGGAAACCGAUAACAUAGACGAAUUGUUUUCAUAAAAUAGCGAUGAAAUUUUCUUAUUUAUAGGAGAUGUAAAUCAUGUAUUAAAUUUUAUUUGUGCAGUACAUAAUAGUUGUUCUGUUGCGAAUUAUAUUCUUAACGUAUGAAAGUGAAACCGGCUUAAAAUGAAGUAAACAAAAGAGAUAAGCCAUAUGGAGAGUCAUAUAGUUUUAUUCUUGGAUAUAGAUGUGAUAUUUAAUGUGAGAGAGUGAGAGGAGUGGUGGGAGCGGCAUUAAUGGCUUGAUUAAUAUAUAACAAAGACAAAAACUGAGUAAUUACACUUGCAUUGAUCAGAGUUCGUGAGAUCCGAAGAGAAACCGCUGUGCUGAAAUAGCGCACUCUGGAGCUUUUUUCUUCUACAUUAUUAUUAUAUUUAAAAACGUACAAAAAAAGGAGAAUGAUUUUGUUUUAAUAAGAGAGAUGAUAUUAUAUGUUUGGCUAAGAAAACCUCAUUGCAAGCGUUCCAUAAUGUUAUGGUAUCAUGAGGAAUGGAGAGCUCUGAAUCUCUCUUAAUGAUAGAGAAGAGUGGAAAUUUGCAGGAGUCUUCAGGGAUGCCAUAUUAACUUUGUCAUCUGGUCGAUCAAGUUGAUCCACUGUUUAAGAAGGUUUUCAAGAAGCAAUCUGUAGAAUUUUGUUACAUUAAGAAAAGAAAAAAGAUAUUUCGUUGUAUAUAUAUAGUGGACGAACUGUUAAACCUAUCUUAGCUCCGAUAGUAUUCCCCUGAUAUGGUUGUUUAACUUUGAACUAGAUUCAUAUGAUUUCAAAACUCAGAAUUAGUUUGGGUAGCCAAAAAAAAUUAUUUAAUGAAAAUUAAAUUUAUAUUUAUAUUUUUUGUGCAUGAUAUAAUAUCUUAUUCAUGUCAAACACAAUGAAUAAUAAAAAAUAUAUUUUCUACUUCUACAUUUAAUCAAACAUAACUUAUGAAUGUAGACGGGUCUCCGAUUGUAUUCAGCGAAUUAAAUAUAAUCUAUCAAGUCCACAGUUUUGAUAAAACGAAAAAUAAUAGCAACUGCCUUUCGGUUGUAUAAUUAUUGAAAUAAAGCAAAACUCUUAUUUGGUUUUAUAUUAUGAUUGGAUUUUCAAUUACAUAUUUGAACUUAUCUUUUACAAUUACUUACCUUUUUCAUUAUAGUAAUUUUUAUGAUCAUAUAUUAUGCUGAUGAUGUAUUUUUGUCAUUUUAGAAUAGUGUCAAAUUCAUGGCAAGUCAUCUUAUUGACUUCCUAGAAAAUGUUUUGUUUGUUCGUGAACUGGACCUUGACUCAAUCAAUUCCUCCUUUUUCUGCUAAAAACCUUGGGUCAAUUUGCGUAAAGCAAGUAACAAAACUCCAGUCAUUUAGGAGUAAACUUGGUUUAAAAAAUUCCAAAAACAUGAAAAAAUUCGUUUAUUUAAUUUGUUAAAGAACGUAACAAACUCCAUGUGUUCCCCAAUUUUUCUGAGAGAUAAAUGCUAUUGUACGUUAAUUUUCUUUAAGGAAAAUCAAAUGAUAUCUCUAAGUCACUAUUAGCCAACGCUAUAACAACCUUUAUUAAAGGAGAGUUGUUGUCAUCUUAAGGCAUUUAAUUUGUUUUUCCUCAUUAUCAUGAAAGGCCAAUUAAACCUAACUUUAUCUCUAUAUAUAAGAAAGAAACAAAGAAAUGCUUCUUCAGUUAUAGUUUGCCAUAUUGUUAGAUAUUCACCUAGCUCUCGGUGUUGUGCGAGUUAAAGACGUACUUCCUUGCAGGUUGAUUAAAAGAGAGAAAGUACAAAACACUAAUCCUUCAAACAUAAAUGACAAAAGGUGUUUCUAGUUUUUCUUCAUCGAAAGUGUUUCUUCGGCUUGUUCUCGUUCUCGACACAACCUCUUCUCCUUCUCCGGAGAUUGAUCUGCGAAAAAGAUACCUUAAAUGGCCGCUAUGGAUCCGAGAAAAAAUGGUUACGCUGCUCCGCUAAAUGAGCAGGAGAGAGAUGAAGAUAUUGAAGUUGGUGAGGUGGUAGAGGUUCAAGAUAACCAAAGUGUGGCAUCUCUCAAGUCCAACGAUUCUGACCUUAAGAAGAAGACUAAUGAUGAUGAUACAAAGGAGAAAGGUGGCUGGACUAACGCACUCAUUUUGCUAGGAAAUCAAGGACUAGCGACACUAGCCUUCUUUGGUGUGGGAGUGAACCUUGUACUCUUCCUAACGCGUGUUAUGGGACAAGGCAAUGCAGAAGCUGCAAACAAUGUAAGCAAGUGGACAGGAACAGUAUACAUGUUUUCACUUGUGGGUGCAUUUCUCAGCGACUCUUAUUGGGGUCGUUACUUGACAUGCACUAUCUUCCAAAUCAUCUUCGUCCUUGGUGUGAGCCUCCUCUCUUUCACUUCUUGGUUUUUCUUGAUCAAACCUAAAGGUUGUGGCGAUGGAAACUUUACAUGCGACCCUCCGUCUUCUCUCGGCGUUGGCAUCUUUUAUUUAUCCGUUUAUCUCGUAGCGUUUGGAUACGGUGGUCACCAGCCAACGCUGGCUACUUUCGGUGCAGACCAGUUUGGUGAAAAUGAUAAAACCUCCAAAGCUGCGUUUUUCAGCUACUUCUACUUUGCACUCAACGUUGGAUCUCUCUUUUCGAACACAAUCCUUGUUUACUUUGAGGAUAAAGGGUUGUGGACUUUAGGGUUUUUGGUGUCACUAGGCGCUGCCAUUAUCGCAUUGGCAGCCUUUCUCGGCCCUACAAAACGUUAUCGUUACGUCAAGCCUUGUGGGAACCCUUUACCACGCGUGGCGCAGGUGUUCGUGGCUACUGUUCGGAAGUGGAGUGUUGUUAGGCCUGCAAACCACCAGGAGUUGUAUGAAGUUGAAGGUCCUGAAUCUGCCAUUAAAGGAAGUAGAAAGAUAUUUCACAGUUCCAAGUUUCUCUUCUUGGAUAGAGCAGCAGUUAUAACAGAUGAUGACAGGAGCGGGACAAGGAACAACGCAUGGAGGUUAUGCAGUGUAACACAAGUAGAAGAAGCAAAAUGUGUGAUGAAGAUGCUCCCAAUAUGGCUUUGCACUAUAAUCUACUCAGUGAUCUUCACACAAAUGGCAUCAUUGUUCGUUGAGCAAGGUGACGUGAUGAAUGCAUCCAUCGGAAAAUUCCACAUCCCCGCGGCUAGCAUGUCAGUCUUCGACAUAUGCAGCGUCCUAAUAUCAACAGGAAUCUACCGCCACGUUAUAUUCCCAUACGUGAGACCCACGGAACUUAUGCGCAUGGGUAUAGGUCUAAUCAUAGGGAUAAUGGCAAUGGUGGCCGCAGGAUUAACAGAGAUCCAACGGCUAAGAAGAAUCGUCCCUGGUCAAGCGGAGAGUGAGCUCACCAUUCUAUGGCAAAUUCCACAGUACGUUCUUGUGGGAGCGAGUGAGGUGUUCAUGUACGUUGGACAGUUAGAGUUCUUCAACGGACAGUCACCAGAUGGUUUAAAGAACUUGGGAAGCUCGUUGUGCAUGGCUUCUAUGGCGUUAGGUAACUACGUGAGUAGUAUGAUGGUGAAUAUUGUUAUGGCUAUAACCGCGAGAGGGAAGAGCCAUGGGUGGAUACCUGAGGAUCUAAAUGAAGGUCAUAUGGAUCGGUUUUAUUUUCUGAUUGCGGUAUUAGCUGCCAUUGACUUCGUGUUUUAUUUGGUGUUUGCGAAGUGGUACCAACCCAUAAGCCAUGAUGAAGAUAGCAUCAAGGGAACUGGUGUGAAGAGGAAGGCUAUCUCAGAGUUGGACCAAGUAUAAUCUUUUUUUCUAUUUAGUUUUUUCUAGCUAAAAGUCAUCUUUUCAGUGUUUUUUUUCUAGUCGAAUAAUUAGUAGGGAACAAUCUUUGUUAGUUUCUUAUAGUUUCAAAUGCUUGUUAGGGAUAAUGAAUAAUAAUAUAUUGUUGUUACCUUAUUCUUCCUUUCAAGAAAAUGUUUUGUUAUUUUUAUUCUAAAUAUUUUUUUUUUGAAAUACAACUUAAUUUCAUUAAACCUAACUUGUUUGGAUAAAACAAGAGGGAAUUAUCCAUCGUCUUUGAUAAUAACCAUAAAACACAUAAACAAAAGGAGAUAGCCUAGAUAAAUCUUCAUGAGAAGAUGACAGCACACUCAAGACGAAGCUUGAAUGCGUCAAUGGAACCUUCACGACAAUGUCAGAUGGCCGAAACUUAGUCACAAGUGAUGUUGAAACCCAGUUCUCACCUACGAGAUAAACCGAAGUAGUAUCGCUUGCAUCUUCUGGUCCCAUAUAGACCGCUACACAGAUGACAAGAUGGUGCAAAAUCUGGAACUUUUACUCGGCAAAAGAAGCCGAGAAGUUUUCCUCUUUCAAAGAAAGAAGGCAUGGUGGUAAAGUUUUCUCUUCAAUAGAGAAGGAUGAAAAACUCUUCAAAAAAGAGAAAUAUAGCAUUGCGUGCAAGAUAGUUCCGAUCAAAGCUUCGGUGAACCCAUCGAGAAUCAUUGAUGAACUAAUACUAGUUAGUACCAAACCUCCAAAACAGUUUAUGGACCAAGUCUUUUCACUGAAUUUGCAACUUUGGGAGGUAAGAUAAAGGCUGACCUUUUCUGAAUGCAAUGUGGGCCAGGCCCAUAAAUUAAGAGGAGAAGGGCUGACGUCAGCAGGUAGCUCACGAUCUGUACUUGAUGAACGGUUUGUAGCUUGCGGCGGAGCUAAGAUGCUCGUUGGAGGAGCUAACGUUAACAGGAGGUUGAGAGCCAGUGAAGCGGGUUGAAGGAGGGACAGUGGAGACAGGAAGGGUGGAGGUUGAGAAGCCGUCGACAAAAGAAACGGAGGCCCGUUUAUGAAUUGAAAGUGAUAGACUGCGGCGGCAAGUGAUAAUUGUUGCGCUUGUGUUUGGAACUUUGUCCAAGAUUAUGUCAGAUCUGUGGCAACCAAGGGAGGUCCUCCAGGAUCUGGUGCACAUAUGAAGAGCGAAGCAAGGAUCUUGGUGAGGUGAGGUGAAAAUUGUGCAAGUGCUGAAGAGGGAACAUGCAGAUCUGCAGCCGCAAUGAAGAGCGAGCUCAGGACAAGAUUUAUGGUGAAUCGAUAUGGUACUUGCGUUGAUGCAAGCUCUCCGGGAGCUCCCGGAUAAAAUGUCAGUUCCAGAGAUCUCUAAAUGAUAGCAAGAAGCCAUACAAGUUUCCUCGAACAAUACCACAACCAGAUCUGGAAAAGAAAAUUUGAAAAAGUGUGAAAGUGAAUCAACAAAACAUGAGA